GUACGGGGGAUCCUGGGAAAUUGCCUACUAGUGGAGAAAUUGAGGAAGCCAUGGAAAGCGAAGGAGCAAAGGACGCCGCAAGGGAUGAUUGUUCUUUCAUCUGGGACGAAACAACUCAACUCUAUUAUCAUGCCAGCUAAAAAAAAAAUGGAUGCAGUAGUGGAUUCUAUCACGACCCAAAUGCGGGGUGGUACUACAAUAGCAGAGAUGGGCUCUACUACAAGUUUGAGAACGGGAGCUAUGAGCUUUUGCAGUCCAAUCAGAAACUGGUGGAGGAAUUGUUGCUGAUGCUUCUGAACCCAACUUGGAAAGGUCAACACAUGCUGAAGAAAGCAAUGUUGAGGGGGGAUUUUUAUCUGGUUCUGUAUUAAUGGUUGAUGAGUCUGGUAGUUGCCAACAUGGUGGAAUAAGUGAGCGGCUUACUAGAGAUACUGGGUGUGGCAGCUCUGAAGAACCUGAGUUUCCACCGCCGCCUUCAAAUUGGCUGGAGGAAACACUUAUCAAUCUGUACUUGUCUGGUUACAAGAAAAGAGACGAUGCUCAUCAUAACUCCAUAGUGCCUUCAGAAAUGGAUGGUGGAGAUGGUGUCUACUCUUCAGCUGGAGGAAAUGAGGAUAACAACAUGUCACAACAAGAAAUGAUAACAGACGUUUCUAGUGGUUUAAGUGCUCCUGGUGAAAGCAACAUUGAUGAAGCACAUGUAUCAGCAGAGGAAGAGAGCUGGCGAGCUCAGUAUGGCCAAGUAGUCCAUGACAACGAAGAUAGAGUACAGGACUGUACUGCCACAGAUUUAUGGGAUUGGACUUUGAUCACAGGUUCCAAAGUGGAUGGCCAUAGUAAGGUGGCUAGACUGGUUGGUCGGUUGGUGAAACGGUCUGCUAAGCUUCACCCUUCCAUGCACACUGGUGGGGGUCUUUUAAGAACUGCUCCAAUAUGUGAAGUGCAUCUUGACCUGGUACGGGUUAAAACAGGACAAAUUUACAAGUUGAGAAAUCCGAGUUCGAAGUACUUGGCUUCUUUGUCAACUUACGAUUCUUCCAACCCAACUAAAGAUUGGUGUUUCCCUGAGCUGUCAAGUAGCAUUCAAGAUGAUGGACUGAAAAAAUCAAGAGGAUCAAGUGAUGGAGCUGCAUCAAAGUCAUCCGAUCAACUCUUGAAAUCCACACAGGUAUGUAGUUUCCAUUACAAUGACGAUUGUGUUUCAUGUACAUUGGAUACAUACCGAACAUCCAAACUAAUUGUACUAGCAUGUGGCGAACCAAGGAUUUCAGACCUUGUGAUGUGGCAGCACAUAUUCUUCUUUCUUUCCUAUUGGAAUUAGGAUGCUCCCAUGACAUAAAUGCUACCUCAAAUUGCCAAAUUUCUUAGCAAUGGAUCUAUCCGUCACUUGUAGGAAAGUCAUGCUUAUAGGGAUAGAGCUGCCGAGAGAAGAAAAUUGCAUGGUGGUUAUGGUGUGGGUCCCGGUCAGAAGAUUCCAUCAGUUAACAAUCCCGGUAGUUCAUCACCUGAACCAACAGCUACUGAUGAAGUUGAACCUGACGAAGGCAUCACACCAUUUGGAGCCGGUAGUUAUGCUAGAAAGAUUCUUGAGGGCAUGGGUUGGAAAGAGGGAGAUGCUCUUGGCAGCAGCAGGAAAGGACUGGUUGAACCAAUACAGGCCGUUGGGAACACUGGAAAUGCUGGUUUGGGUUGGCCGACAGGCAACAAAAGGAAGCAUCGAUGAAACACCAGAAGUUUUGCAGUGCAAUUAGGACUCUUAUGUCAGCUUAACACAUUAUAUCGAAUUAGGGUAUUGUACAAAGUACCCUUCAUAGAGAGUAUUUGUAGCCCUUAUUACACCAGCAGACUUUUAUGCUACCUUCAGUUUCAAUCACCCAGACCCCAGAGAACAAAAAUGUGUGGAAAGAUUAAUGACUAAUGAGAUAUGUUUAAUGUACACAUUGCACAUACAAGGAAAAUUUGACUGCCAGCAAACUACAAAAUCUUCUUCCAAAACAGUUUAAUCAGCCUCAGUUUCUUGUUUUGGAGUCAUUAGUUCAUCACUGCUAACUGCUUUCUCUGGAGCUAAAUCGGUGGGUGGCUCUGGUUCUUCUACAGGGGUCUUCUGUUGCAGGUCAAGCUUCUGCUUCAGCUUCAGUUGGUUGAUCUCCCCAUCCUUCUCCAUAAGCUUCUCUUGUAAGAUGAGCACCUUUCAUUCGACUUCUCAACAUCAUCUGUUAGGCCCUCAAUGUGUUUGUACAGGCCUGUAUAAGCCAGGUGAAAUCGAUGAAAAAAAUCUUCAGAAGGGGUAAACUGUGGAACAUAUAAGAUAAUCUGUUGUAUGCCUAACCUUCAUACU